CACGCUGGUUUCAAGCUGUCACCACUCUCUUCUUCUUCGCUUAAACCCUGACCUCGAUCUCCUAAUCGUGAGAAAUCAUCCUAUCUGCGGCCAGCGUUCCAUGAUUUGAGGAGAACGAUUUCCGGGUUUUCCAGGAAAACGCCGGCAAAAAGCGAUGCUUCGUCUUGCUCGAGGCGUUGUUCUUCAGCUCGUUAUCGCCGCAGCAAUCUCGAUCUCGGCCGUGAUCUCCGGGGACGAGUCGAUAUACGAGAUCCUUCGGGCGAAUGAGUUGCCGAUGGGUCUUUUACCGAACGGUGUGAAGGAAUUCAGCGUCGACGGCAAAACAGGGGAAUUCUCGGUGUAUCUGAACCAGGCAUGUAAUGCCAAGUACGAGAGCGAGCUGCAUUACGAGGCUAACGUGACGGGAACGUUAGGGUUUGGGUGGAUCUCGGGCUUGUCGGGGAUCUCGGCGCAAGAGCUCUUCCUGUGGUUCCCGGUGAAAGGGAUCCGCGUCGACGUGCCGAGUUCCGGCGUAAUUUACUUCGACGUCGGUGUUGUUCGCAAGCAGUACUCGAUGUCUAUGUUCGAGACCCCGAGGGAUUGCGUCGCGGUUCGGGGUGAGGAUGAGAUCUGGGGUGAGAACAAGAUUCAAUCUUCUGUGUUGCCACUUUAUCAACUAGAUCAAGAAUCCCGUGGGAGAAGCUUUGCUAAGCCCGUGUUUGAGGAAAGGUUAUUAUAGAUAUCUGCAUCUGAAAAAAUAUGAUCACCGAUUCCUCUUCAUCAUCUCUGGCAUUAUCAUAUCAAAUCUUGGCAUGAACAAGAUUCAGAUAUUAUCGGGUUCAGCGUUUUUUUCUUACUGCGUUUUGGAGGGCAUGGGGAGCAGAACCAAGAAUCUUUCAGUCAAUUUACGACAGAAGAGAGUUGGAUUUGUUUGAGAAGAUGACAAAAAGGUAUGCCCAGAUUUCCUCGAAGCGAUUACAGUUGAAUGGAUGAAAGUUUUGUUGUUCUGUAUGUUGUUGUUUGGCAUGUAAGCAUGGUGUAUAUAUAUAUAUAUACGUGUAUUUACAUACACGUUCCUAUGUUUCCCCCUUCUGUACUGAGGAGUGAUGCUCUGAUUAUGCAUUCUCUCUCUAUUUUUUGUCACUAAGCGUGCAUUUGCUUGAAGAGUUUGGCUCCCCUUUCUGCUUA